AUGCUGGACUCCAAGGUUGCCGAGGCGACCUUUCAGGCGACGCUACUCAAUGGACUGUCUGGCGUGUGUGCGCAGGGCAUCACGGCCUACAGGAACAAGUCAUUCGAUGAAGUCGAGAUCGAAUCGAUCCUGCGAUUCAUCGUCUACUCAAUCCUCGUCACACCCCCAAACUACAAGUGGCAAGAGUUCCUAGAACGCAAGUUUCCGUCCAGGACGCCCGUUAACGAACCAUCUCCGGUUUCGUCCAAAUCACCGGAAAAGCAGGCCCAACAAGGCACCCAAGUGGUGCCAGUCAAGGACCGCCUCAACCUAACCAACACGGCAGCCAAGUUUUUGCUAGAUCAGAUAUUUGGCGCUCCGCUCAACACGCUGGCCUUUCUAUAUCUCAUGGGUGGCAUGGCAUUCCAGAGCCAGGCUCAGAUCUGGAGCAACAUCCAGCGCGACUUCUGGCCCAUGCUCAUUGCAGGAUAUCGCGUGUGGCCGAUUAUUGGACUUUUGAACCUGAGCGUUGUGCCGUUUGACUACCGGCAACUGGUUGGCAGUACAGCUGGUCUUUUCUGGGGCAUAUUCUUGAGCCUGAACAAGAUGACAUGA